CCAUCGCACCAUCGUUCCAUAGCACCAUCGCACCGUCGCACCAUCGCCGUUGCGUGUCCCCAGUCCACUUUGCACAGCGAAUGUCUCAGUCUACACCGACCGGCCCUGCCGACCAGAGCAACUCCUCCUGGACCGACCUGAGCGAUCCCGACGUCCAGCGCCGCAAGCGAUCUGUCGAUGCCAAGUUCGGUGUCGGUGCUUGGGAGCGGGCCUCGAAGCAGGUCAACCCCCACCGAUGCCAUCUCCACAUGCACGAUGCGAUUGUCUCGCUUCAGCGCAUGGAUUGGUCAAGCGACACCUUCCGGCUGUUCUACGAAUGUCUGAGGAGCAAGCCAGGAGAGGAGCCGGCGAGGGCUCCCCCCGAGCGCCUGCCCUUCACCCAGCAUUCGGAGCCAACCUUUUCCAAGCGAGACCCUUCCUCUUGAACCGCACCCAGCCGUCGCUGCCGACUCAUCUCCGGCCAAUAUCCAAUAAAAGGAAAAAAAGCCCCUUCUGCCCCGCUCGCCUUGGUCUUCAAUGAAGGCUGGUCCAUGGACUCAGGACAAGGCAAACUCGGAUAUGCAAUGGCAUCCAUUCGCCAAGAUGCCGCUGAUCGUCCGUCAGCCAACCGAACGGCUGUGCUGAUUCGACCACUUUCGCAAGCGGCGUUCAGCUUCCACUUUCGAUUCUGAAAGACAGCGGCCUAGCGAUAGCCCAUACUAGGAGUGGCCAGCUGGCCUUGGAUCUUGAGUAUCAGCGC